AUGGAAGUAGCAGUUAAUGCAAAGGGUGUAAUCUCUGUAGCCAUAGAAGGGGAAUCCGGGGACGAUCUUGUAGUGGUUGGUGAUGGAAUUGAUGCUGCUUGUUUGGUUGAUACCUUGAGGAAGAAAGCUUGCUAUGCCAUGUUAGAGACUCUUGAAGAAGUAAGCCCGGGUAUUCUCCCUCCUGAUGAUGAGCAGGUGGAGAAUCCACAAGAAGAGGAUGAUACAGACAAUUCCAAGAACAUCGAGGCUGAUGAUAACGGUACAGAUCAAACUGUUCCACCUCAUUGUUGCCUAGCUCAGUGCUCCACCAAUUGCUAUGAACAGCCACACUCUGAUAUAUAUGAAGUAGUCUAUGAUUCUUAUGGUCCAACCACUGGAUGCAUUAUCAUGUAA